GGGUUUCACCAGUGCCGCUGGGGCUACCGGAAUCUGUCCGUCGUGGAAGACGUGGUCGAGAAUUACAAAAAGGCCAAAAUCCCUCUGGACGUGAUCUGGAACGACGACGAUCACAUGGACGGCCACAAAGAUUUCACUCUCAGUCCCAUCAGCUACCCUCGUCCUGCCCUUCUGUCAUUUCUCAACAAAAUCCACAGUUCCGGCAUGAAGUACAUUGUCCUAAUUGACCCUGGCAUCGCCGUUAAUUCCACCUACGCCGUCUACCAGAGAGCCGCCGCAAAAGACGUCUUCAUCAAACACGAU